CCUUCCCCUUCUGGUAGACCGGUAGACGUGUAAGUGCGAGUGAGCACGCCCGAACGAGUCCCUGGGUAUUUAUAUCUAAUGUUGUUUGCCUGUAUUGUGGCGAGUGAUCAGAAGAUUUCCAGUCCUUCAGCUCACUCUUCGCUGCUUUCCGGCGGGCAUCCACAGUAACUCGAGUCAGGACACAGCACCUCGACAUCCAACUGUCAACAUGGCCUUCAUCCGCCCGUUCAGGCCCGAGGACACCGAGGCCGCAAAGCACAUUUGCCGCGCAACCCUCCCCCCCUCCCUCGCCCCGCUCCCCGCCGCCGUCCGCAUGGCCCCCUACCUCUGGACCCUGCCCUUCACCCACCUCUUCCCGCAGCACUGCCUCGUGCUCGACGCCGGCGACGGCACCCCCGUCGGCUACGUCCUCGGCUGCCCCGACGUGUUCGCCCUCGCGGCGGAGUACCCGCGGUAUAUCGCGGAGGUGUUGGGUAGUGAGGGGGGCAGGAGGGAUGUGCCGGUGCCGAGGCAGUUGGGGGUUAGGGAGCAGUGGUUGGUUGGUGAUGAUGAUGGGGUGGGGGGGCAGGUGGUGAAUGAGGGGUGUUUGGCGCAGUUGGCGUAUCGGGUCGAGUGGCUUGUGCUGGAGGGGGUGGAGGGCAAGAGGGGGCUGGUGGAGGGGUGGCGGGCGAUGUUGCAUAUUGAUUUGUUGGAGGGGUGGCAGGGGAAGGGGUGGGGGAGGAAGAUGAUUGAGAGGUUUGUGGAGGGGGUUAGGGAGAGGGGGGAGGGGGUGUAUGGGAAGGGGGUGCAUUUGGGGGUCGCGGGGGAUAAUAGGAUGGUGGUGGCGUUUUAUGAGAGGGUUGGGUUUAGGGUGUAUCCGGGCGGGGAGAAGGAGGGGGGGAAUGUGUGGAUGGUGAGGGAUUUGUAG